AUGGCGUGUACCGAACCAUUGAAAACUAUAUCAAGUGAGCUGCUUGUGUUUGAAGAGAAACCUAAAAUAAUAGAGGGUAGAAAAAUUCAUGAUUGGUUCAAAGUUGGAGAAAAUGUGUUUGAAUAUUUUUUUAAAUUGGGAACACAGAUUUCUUGGGAUUUCUCAAAAGUAAAAAAUGAACCUGAAUGUACCAAGAUAAUUGAUCUUGUUACAAAGAAUAUAAAAUGGAUUGAGAGUUUCAUAACUCUUUACCCUAACUUCAGGAUAGAUUGUGAUAUGGUUGGAUCUGCUGGAGAUGUCUGCAAGACCCGUUCAGGGCUAGAAGUUUUGCUUAAUGGUUUUAAGGGUUUGGAUCCUCAGUUUGAUACAAUAUUAGAAAAUUUGGCAGAAGCUGCAGAUAUAGAGGACUUUGAUCGUGUAUUAAAAGUGUGGAUUGAUUCAGGUCAUCGCCCUGAUAUUUCACCUAAAGAUAUAUUUUCAAAUACCCCUCAGUCACACUGGUGGUGGUUUUAA